GUGUCUGAAAAGGUGUCCUGAUUCUAAAACCACUAUCCACCCAGCAGCUACUCCGGAGCCACCAGAUGCUUAGCCACCUAACCUGGAGAAAGAAAUGAUUACAACUAUGGGACCAUAUAAAAGGCGGUCAGAAGGGAAGUUUCAGGCGGAGAUGACUCUUCCUGCUGAUUCAAAAUUCAUCCGUGAGGCUUUCCCUCAGAGAAGUGAGCUUCUGGAGAAAUUCAAAGCGGAUGUGAUUCUGGAUCCUGACACCGCGAACCCUUGGCUCAUUGUGUCUGCCGAUGGGAAAUCUGUGAGAUCGGGAGAGAAACCACAACAGGACUUGCCUGAGAAUCCCCACAGAUUUGAUCUUGCUCCCUGUGUACUGGGCUCCAAGGGGUUCACCUCAGGGAGACAUUACUGGGAGGUGGAGUUUGGGGAUCAGAGGGAGUGGGCCGUGGGGGUCGCCAGAGAGUCCGUGAAGAGAAAGGAAUGGCUCACUCUUAGCCCCGAGAAUGGGAUCUGGUCUCAAGGGCGCUGGUGGCUUCGGAGGGGGGCAUUCGGCUCCUCUGAGACCCCCCAACCUCAUAGUGGGAGGCCUGGGAAGAUCGGGGUUUGUCUGGAUUACGAAGGGGAUUGGGUGGCAUUUUAUGAAGAUGACCAUACGACUAUGAUAUUGGCCUCCUUCAACGGGGAAAAAGUUUUCCCUUUCUUCUACUUGGGCGGAGGAGUCCACCUCACACUGAUCCCCUGAGGUACAGGGGGAAACAACCCACUGGGACCCCCCCCCCGAAAUGUGCCCUUCUCUCUAGCCAUUUCCUGCACAGACUCCCCCGAGCCUCUGCGGCCUUGUCUACAUGCAGGCUUUGCACCAGGGUCUGAUUUAAUUUGAACCUGGAGCAAACACCAGUCUGGAUGAUCUUAAUUUGGCUUACGAGCAGCGUGGCUCAAUUUUAAGCAUUGCCAGCACAUGUGGUUUUCUUGUGAGUGUCAUGAUAUUUGGUGGGUUUUUUUCUUGUGAUUCCAUCAGGAUCUGAGCUCUUAUUAAAUCAAUCCAUUAAUAUAAUAAUGAUGGUAAUUAAUUAAUUAACAAUUCAUAAAACAAACGGAAUAAGAAGAUUCAUUCAAUAGCUGGAAGAAAUUUCCAGCCCUCCGAGUUGCAGAGGAAAGAUUGAAAAUGUGACUCCUAAAGGCUCCAACAAAUUAAAAUAUCCCACAUUUAUUACUGUAAGCUCUUUGCAUCAAGGGGUCAUUUUCUAAUCUGGGUCUGUACAGCACCUUGCACAACAGGGUCCUGAUCCAUGUAUAGGUGCUACAACGAUUUUUUUUAAAAUCUCUUGAUUUUUGAGGAGCCCUGACUCAUCAUGUUUGAACACGGGGGGUUGGCAAGACUGCCUUUCGCUUAAACUUGCUCCUAAUUGACUUAAAAGGGAUCAUUUGUCUUGAUUUAAGAGGGUCCAUGCAGGCGUUUGAAGGGGUUUAGCUACAUGCGGCUUUAAUCCCAGCUUUCG